AUGGCGACGGCUUCGGAGAGAAGUCGGAAUCAGGAAACCCCAGCCUUGGAUGGAGACAGUUGUGGGGGCUGUGAGAGCUUGGGUCCCGUCACCCCUACAGAAGAUUUGUUUGGAGAUGGACAAGAGGCUGAGGCCGAACGUCAGGUCCGGCAGAGGUUGGCUGAUUUGGAUCGAGGGAUCCAAUGUGCAGUGGAACAUGUCACGCCGGAGGAGCUGGAGACCUAUUGGGCUGCACUGCCCGUCACGGUCAAGGAGUUGGUCAUGAUGAAUGGUGAGGUGUCAGCUGACCUCCUUGCCUUUCUGGCUGACACCGACGAGGACCGCAUGGGCCUUUUGAUGCAGCAUGGAUGUAAUGAGGCAGAGGUCCGAGACAAGGCGACGGUCCUCGAGGCCCUGCAGCUGGCGGCAGAGGAGAAAGCAGCCCGGUUGAGGAGGAAUAGGAUGGCCUUGGACUUGGCCGAAAAAACAAAGAUGAGGAGGCGUGAGGGCACUGGAGAGCUCAUGGAGGGUGAGAUGCCCACCAAGAGCUGGCUCGAAAAACACUCGGGGGGGAUCAUGUUGCCGAAGAGGCGGAGAGCUACUGACCCAGGUCUUGAAGAGGACGAGGUGGAAGCGGUCAAGGCCCGGGAACGUCAACAAUGGCACAAGGAGGCAGAAAGGGUCGUCGAGUUGCUGAAGGACAACCUGGACCUGCCAAUACUCAGAGGAGCAGAGGAGUCCAUCGACCCCGAGGAGUUCAUGAGGACAGCGAUCGGUGGCUACAGAGCCUCAACCUUGAGGAAGAGGCUGCGGGAAUGGAAAAAAUAUUUGACCUGGCUGGAGAUAGUUCACCAGGUCAGGUGGCCAUCGCGCAGGGCUCAUGCCAUUGACUACCUGGUUGAGCUCAGAUUGACAGAUGCGCCUCCCACAGUGCCGCAAUCCUUUUCUACUACACUGGCCUUUUUUGAGAAGGCAGGUGGCAUCGAUAAAGAUGCAAUGGUGUCAAUGGAUGUCACCUUCAAACGGGCAUUAGAUAUGACAAACAAAGAGAUGGAAACCAAGAAACCUGCCAAGAAGCAGGCGCCCUUGCUGCCAAUCAAGGUCAUUGCAUCCAUGGAGAUGUUAGUGGUCAGUGAGGCCAAUGCCACCUUUGUCAGGUUUGCAGCAUGGUGCAAGUUGGUGAAACUCUGGACAGCCUCCAGGACGGAUGAUCUCCAGGGAAUCUCAUUGAGAAGCAUGAGGUUCACAAAGGCUGGACUACACGGAGUGUUCUGGAAAACCAAGGUGUCCGGGCCAGGGAAGAGGAACAAAUUGCUCCCCUUCAUGAUCAGCAACAAAGUGAGCAUCACUGGAUUGCCUUGGCUGAAGACGGGCAUGGAGAUCCUCGAGGAGAAAUAUUGGUACCCGAGGGACUACUUGGUUCCCACGUACCCUUAUGGACUGGAAGGGUUGGAAGAGAAGCGCCCAGCCAACUACGAUGACUUUGUGGUCCUCACAAGGGUCGUCUACUCCAAGUUGAAGGAGGUCUUCUAUGAGGAAGGUCGUUGGGUAACUGGGCGUGGGCCCCUCUUACUCCCAGAGUUGUAUAAGCUCUGGACGGAGCACUCCGAGAGAAACUGGAUAGUGUCGCUGGCUGCAGCGUCCGGAGUGCCCAGGGAAGAACGCCAGAUGCUGGGCCGAUGGGCUGUGAAAGAAAGCGGGGACGAAUACGUCCGAUCAGCUCAGCGCAUUGUUGCAAGGAUCCAAUGCCUCCUGGAAAGACUCAGGUCGGACCGUGAGUGGGACUUGAGGCACGCGGGACUUGAGGAGGUAAGGGAGCACAUCACCAAGGCGAACUACGACGCCGACUCCAUUAGGAGACAAAUGGAAAAAUUGGAGAUGCCUGAGGUCUGGACUCCAGUUGGUUCAGAUGGGACGUUCCUGGGCCUUAUACGGAGGCCGGACGGCGUGAAGCCAGAUGAAAUGGGGCAGGACGUCCCUGAGCCAACGCAGGAGGACCUGCCGCCAAUCCAAGAGCUCAUGGAGGAGAGGGUCCAGGCAGACGACAUGGGCAGUGAAGAGGACGACAUUGAUGUGAAGGCAAAGUUCUUCGUGUCCAUCAACGUCAGGAGCCGACAUAGGAAGCUCCAUAUCUGGGGCAAAUGUGGGACAAAACCUGGACAAAACUUCUCAGCAUAUGAGCCCCACAACAGCUUGAAGGGCGUGAAGUUCAAUUCGAUUUGUGGGCACUGCUGGAAAGGCAAGGGCCCGCAUGAAGAUGAAGACAGCUCUACUACAACGAGCUCAAGUGACAUGGACUGA